GUCCCCCGGGAUAUGGCUGGGCACCUCUGACCCGGGACGUUGCCAUGUCCCCCGGGAUGUGACAAGGCACCUCUGACCCAGGGUGUCCCUGUGCCCCUGGGAUGUGUCCGGGCACCGCUGAGCCAGGGUGUCCCUGGGUACCUCUGACCUGGCAUGUCCCCAUGUCCCUGGGAUGUGGCCAGACACUUCUGACCUGGGCUGUCCCCGUGCCCCCGGGGUGUCCCCAUGCCACUGGGAUGUGGCCAGGCACCUCUGAUCCGGGAUGUCCCUGGGCACCGCUGAGCCGGGAUGUCCCCAUGUCCCCGGGAUGUGGCCUGGCCCUGCUGACCAGGGGUGUCCCCGUGAUGUGACCAGGUACCUGUGACCCAGGAUGUCCCCAUGUCCCCGGGAUGUGGCCAGACACCUCUGACCCGGGAUGCCCAUGUGUCACCAGGAUGUCCCUGGGCACCUCUGACUUGGCGCGUCCCCAUAUGUCAUGUAUGUGGGCACUGCUGGCCCGGGAUGUCCCCAUGUCCCCAGGAUGUGGCCGGGCACUGCUGACCCAGGGUGUCCCCGUGUCCCCGGGAUGUGACCAGGCGCCUCCGAUCUGGGGUGUCCCCAUGCCCCCGGGAUGUGGCCAGGAACCUCUGAGCCGGGGUGCCCAUGUGUCACCAGGAUGUUCCUGGGCACUUCUGACCCGGGACGUCCCCGGGAUGUGACCAGGCACCUCCAACCCGGGGUGUCCCCGUGAUCCCUGGAUGUCCCCUUGUGUCACCAGGAUGUCUCUGGGACUGACCUGGGAUGUCCCCAUGCCCCUGGGAUGUGGCCGGGCACCGCUGACCCGGGAUGCCCAUGUGUCCCCAGGAUGACCCUGGAGCACCUCUGACCCAGGAUGUCCCCAUGCUCUGGGAUACCCGUGUGUCCCCAGGAUGUUCUCAGGCACUUCUGACCCACGAUGUCCCCGGGAUGUGGCUGGGCACCUCUGACCUGGGAUGUCCCAGUGUCCCUGGGAUGUGGCUGGGCACCUCUGAGCCGGGAUGUCCCCAUGUCGUCAGGAUUCCCUGGUGCCCCAGGGAUGUGGCAGGCCACUGCUGACCCGGGAUGUCCCUGGGUACCUCUGACCCGGGAUACCCGUGUGUCCCCAGGACGUGACAGGGCACCUCUGACCCAGGAUGUCCCCGUGCCCCCAGGACGUCCUAGUGCCCCUGGGGUGCUCCGUGCAGGCUUCAGCCCCAGGGUGCCCCAGGCACCUCUGACCUGGGAUUCACGUGUGUCCCCAGGAUGUCCCCAGACAUCCCUGAUCCGGGCGGCCCGGUGCCUCCCUGGCGCCAUCCUCCACAGACCACUCCAGGGGCCAAAUCCCGCCCGGCCGAGCCAUUGGCACACAGCGGGCAUGGUGGCGGCUGUAGGGCAUGUCCCCACUGGUGCUGGGGCCAGUGGUGGCCAAAAGCUCCUGAAUUGGGGGAAGCGAUGCCUGCCGUGGGGCCGGGGCUCCGGACACGACCCAAGGUUGGGGUUGACCAUGGGCCCCCUCCCACCCGCGUCCUCCCCACGUCCCAGGUGCAGGAGUGGAACGUGGAAGCCCCCCACCUGAUGCCGCUGCAGCCGCCGCUGCUGCCGGAGCGGGCGCAUGUGCGGGAGGCGCAGCUCCACUCCGCCGAGGCUUCGCUCUGGACCGUGGUGGCCACGGUGCAGGCCAUGGAGAGGAAGAUCGACCUCCUCGCCACCCGCUUGCUCAGCCUGGAGGGUCGGUCCGGCACGGCCGAGAAGAAACUCCUGGACUGCGAGAAGACGACCAUGGAGUUCGGGAACCAGCUGGAGAGCAAGUGGGCUGUGCUGGGCACCCUCAUCCAGGAGUACGGGCUGCUCCAGCGGCGCCUGGAGAACGUGGAGAACCUCCUGAAGAACAGGAAUUUCUGGGUGCUGCGGCUGCCCCCCGGCCCCCGGGGUGAAGUCCCCAAGGUGCCGGUGACGUUUGUUGACAUUGCCGUCUACUUCUCGGCGGAGGAGUGGAAGAAUUUGGAGGAGUGGCAGAAAGAGCUGUACAAUAACCUGGUGAAGGAGAACUAUGAGUCUUUGCUCUCCCUGGACGGUGCCAUCUCCAGAAGCGAGGCGCAGCCCCGCGGCGAGCGCGGGGAGGGUCCCUGCGUCCCCGAGCAGAGGGAGAUGGAGCAGAGGGAGCUGCCGCCGGACGCCUGCGCGGAGUCGCUGAUCUCCACCUCCGACAUCCUGUCCCGGAUCAAGCAGGAGGUGGCCUUUGUCGGGGAGCAGCAGUUCCCGGAGGAGCGGGGGAUGCCGGCGGACCCCUGCGCAGGCGCGGACGCCCUGAUCACGGCGCACGACUUCUUGUCGUGGAUCAAGCAGGAGGAAGAGCCUUGCGUCCGUGAGCCCUGGGAGCUGCCGGAGAGGGAGAUGCUGACGGGUCCCGGUCCCGCCGGCGAGGGGCUGCUGGUGAAGACGGAGGAGCGGUGCCCCCACGCCGAGCCCCCCGAGGAGGUGGGUUUGCCGGGUGGCUCCGGGGAGCUGCUCUUCCCCAGCGCCGGUUUUGGGAGCCCCGAGGGACAGGCGGCGGCGACAACGGCGGCGGUGGCUUUGCCGGCACAGCACAGACUGGGCAAAGCCCCAGGCGCGGAGCCGGGGCCCGAGGCGACGGGGGUCCCCACCGCCACGCCGGGACCCGCCGAGGAGCGUCCGCACGGCUGCGCCGAGUGCGGGAAGAGCUUCAGCGGGAAGAAGAGCCUGCGGAUCCACCAGCGGAGCCACGCGGCCGAGCGCCCCUACCCCUGUGCCGAGUGCGGCAAGAGCUUCAACUGCCACUCGGGGCUGGUGCGGCACCAGAUGAUCCACCGCGGCGAGCGGCCCUACAAGUGCGCCGAGUGCGGCAAGUGCUACAGCCGCAAGGAGCACCUGCAGAACCACCAGCGGCUGCACACCGGCGAGCGGCCCUUCGCCUGCGCCGCCUGCGGCAAGAGCUUCAUCCGCAAGCAGAACCUGCUCAAGCACCAGCGCAUCCACACCGGCGAAAGGCCCUACCAGUGCCCGGCCUGCGGCCGCAGCUUCCGCUACAAGGAAUCCCUCAAGGAUCACCAGCGGAUCCACGGGGCCGAGGCGGGACCCCCCCCGCUGCCCCCACCCGGCAUCAUGCCCCCCGGGGACUAGGGGACGCCCCGCUGUGGACUGACACCCCCCCCCGGCUCCUGGGGACGGGGGCAGGCGCCGGCCACGCAGCUUCCUACCAAAUACAGGCGCCCGGACGGGGCCGGGGGGCAC